GGAUUUAUUGUCAGUGAACUGCACUUGAGAGGACAACUAUUCCUAUUCACACAUAUAGUUGACAAAAGCAGGCCCUCUGAUAGUCCCUUUAACUUGGAUGAAACCGCUCUGACUCAACUGUGACAGGUGUUCCCCUGCUUGCUAGAAAACAGGAAAAACAUCUCUGGACCCAGCAGACAGCCUGGCCCAUCGAAAAUACUUUUCCAGGACAGAGGCAACUGUCUACAGUUCACCGGCAGUCGACGAGAUGUGAGAAGGAGUCAUGCCUUUGGUCAAGAGAAAAAUUGAGCCUCGACACCUGUGCCAUGACGCAGUGCCUGAUGGGAUUGGCAAUGAGCUGGAAUGUGUUACCAAUAACACGCUAUCUACCGUGAUCCGUCAGCUCAGUUGUCUGAGUAAACAUGCAGAAAAUGUGUUUGGAGAGCUCUUUAAUGAGGCCAACACAUUUUACACUCGGGCAAACUCUCUCCAGGACCGUAUUGACCGCUUGGCUGUCAAAGUCACCCAGCUGGACUCCAGCGUGGAGGAGGACUUUUAUCUUGGCUCUUGCUGCUUCAUAGUGUCUCUUCACGACAUGAACAUGAGGAAGGCCUUUCGAGGCUCUGCGGUCCAGGACCAGCAGGUUUUGUCGAAAGGCAGCACUCCCAGUUCUGUUGAAGAAAUGUAUGAUGGCUGUGACAAACCUCCCCCUCUUGGUACCCUUACUGAUUACAGACAGGACUCCGUCGAUGCAAUGAAAUUCUAUUCGGAUCCAUCAUAUUUUUUUGAUCUGUGGAAGGAGAAGAUGCUUCAGGACACUGAGGACAAGAGAAAAGAAAGGCGGAGACAAAGAGAACAGAAGCGAUGUAUGGAGAGCAGCACCCUCCAGCGGGAGGUGAAAAAGGUGAGGAAGGCUCGAAACCGUAGACAAGAGUGGAACAUAAUGGCUUUUGAUAAAGAGCUCCGUCCAGAUCCACGCCACCCGAAAACCCUUCGACGAGAAGCGUCAUCAGAAGGUUCACUGUCUCCAGAUAGCAGGCCUGACCUUCGGGAGUACCCAAUCCCUCCGGUACCUGCUCAUGCUGCUUGCAACUAUGCCAAGUCUCAUGAUUACAUCCCAGGAAACGCACAACCCUCACCACCUGUGGAGCACGAAUACCACAGCAUUGAUGUCAACUACAAGAGAGUUACCUAUGCUGCAGCAGAGCCCCAUGUUGCAGACAGAUUAAAUGGCUCUGCAUGUCUGGUUACAGACUGCAACUCUGUUCCCCUGGCUCCUCCCCAAGGCCCACCCAUCCCAUCAGCCCAGACAGCAUUUGGCUUUCCACUACCACCGCUGCAUAAUGGAGCUGUGCACAUAGGACCAGGUUACCCACUCCCACCAGUACCUCCACAGGGGCCAUGCAUGGCCCCGCUUCCCCCAGGUCCCCCGCCUCCACCUCUGCCUCCCCCAGCUGUGCCCUCACACCCACUAGGACACAAUGAGGCCGGCAGGACUGAAAUGAAACCGGUUAGAGAUGCCAGAAGUGACCUGCUGUCUGCCAUUCGGAUGGGCAUCCAGCUGAAGAAAGUUCAAGAGCAGCAAGAACAGCAGAGCAAGCGGGAGCCGGUGGGCAAUGACGUGGCCACCAUCCUUUCCAGACGCAUCGCAGUUGAAUACAGUGACUCUGAGGAUGACUCUGAUCUUGAUGAAAAUGAUUGGUCAGACUGACCUCACACAAACUGAAGCACCUGAUUGACGUGGACUUUGAGGGGACCCUCUAAAAAGAGAAAUUGAAUUGUGGCUUCAUCUAGUGGAUAAACAAUGCCACUGCUGCUCCCUAUGUUCAUAAUUCUGGACUGAUACAUUGCUGUUUUGUGCAACUAUGAUAAAUGCUCAUUUUGCACCACUAGUGUGAACUAGAUGAGUAUUUACAUCAUCUGCUUGAAAAAAAAACAUGAACUAUAUGUGUUUGAUCAAUUUUAAAAUAUGUUUUGUUUUUAUUUGUUCCAUUGAAAUGUCCUCUUAAUCAAAACUGACAAAUUAAAAACAGAUCUUUCCCAUAAGGAUUAUAAGUUUAUUAUCACCAGAUCUUUUUUUAACAAAAUAUAUUCUGAAAAGCCUCUCUAGGAAAACAAAUACUAAUAUAAAUAAUACAAGCCAUGACUGGCUUGCAUCCAUGUCCGUUCUAAAGUGUCAGGGUCGUUUUUGUGCUUCACAGCCUUGGUAGUAGUAUUGUUUGUUGUGAAGUGUUUUAGAAUAUGCUUAAAUAUCAAUAAAUAUUUUAUAAACCUUUUA